AUGUUGGGCCCGCGUCUGAUCCGUCCGGCGACGACCGCGCUGACGCGACCGUUCAGCUCCUCCGUCGCGGCGUACCGCGCGCCUUCCAUCAGAGACCUGACCGCGAAUUCGACGGAGGAGUUCAACCGCCGGCAGAAAGAGUUUCGCGAGAACCUCGAGGAGGCUCGCAAGAGAAAAGAACUGCAAGAGAGUCAGUCUGUCGAUGCUUCUGCUUCUGCCCCUGCAUCCUCCUUCUCUUCCUUUGAUCCUACUUCCCGUGAGUCUGCUCCCACUGCUCCGCACGUGAGCAAUGCGAGCUUUUACGAACGAGUUCGCCCCGCUUAUGACGCCGCGGAGACGCUUGACCAUGGGGCACUGGGCUCACUCGCCAUGCACCGCUAUCUAGGAGAAGAAACCACUGCGGAGUCCGGGUCGAAGCGCGGCCCUCUAUCUUCCCUGAUCUACGGUACCAAGGAGGGUCAGCACUUCGACAAGGAUAUCGAGCGAUCUUUCUCGCAGGUCCUCGCCCGUGGCAAAUAUGUCCACUCGAUCGUCUUUCACGAAGUCAAGCCCGACAAGGUGGACGAGUACGUGGACUUGGUCGGCCAGUGGUACCCUCGCAUGGCGGGUGCCGAGGAGAACCGCGUCAACCUCGUGGGCAGUUGGCGCACUCAGGUCGGCGACAACGACACGUUCGUUCACAUUUGGGAAUAUCAAAGGUAUGAGGGCUACCAUGCCUCUCUACACAACAUUGCCAGUCAUCCCGAGUUCCCCGACUUUGACCGCAAGCUCAAGAGCUUGAUCAAGAGCAAGAAGACCUCGUUGAUGCAGGAGUUCUCCUUCUGGCCCACCACCCCGCCCCGGAAGCUGGGCGGUUUGUUCGAACUUCGAUCGUACACCCUCCACCCCGGUAACCUGUUGGAAUGGGAGACGCAUUGGCGUCGGGGUCUGCACGCCCGACGGGAGGUGAUGGAGGGAGUGGGUGCAUGGUUUGUGCAGAUUGGUGAUCUCAACACGGUCCAUCAUCUGUGGCAGUUUGCCAACCUGGAGGAGCGAAAGGUCCGCCGGGAGCAGUCCUGGGGGGUGGAAGGUUGGGCGGAGACGGUGCAUAAGACGGUUCCUUUGAUCCAGAGCAUGCAAAGUCGGAUUCUGGUCCCGAUGCCGUGGAGCCCCGUCGGUUAA